UUUGAUGUCAAAAACAAACAUAUUUGUUUUAGAGCUUUGAACAACAAAAAAAAAAUAAUAUAAUGAAUGUGAUUAAUCAUGAUAAUGUUUUGGGACUAUCCAAGGGCCGAGGACGAAAUAAAAAUCGUAAAAAAGUAGGUGCACUUGAUGUAAAUGUAAAAUCGACCGUUAAUAUUUUACCAAAAUAUCAAUUGUUAGACAUUCGAAAACCUUUGGUAAAUUUUGGACCAUCAAGCUCCACUACAGUGACUCCAAAAUCAUCACGCCGAGGACGUAUUACCACGUCGUCUUCAAGCAAAAAAAGUUCAGCUAAAAAAACUACAGAUUCUGAAGUUGAUAGAACAACUACAUCAGGAAGCAUUUCUGAUGACUAUGAAGCAUUUGUAAUCAUAGCUGUUACAUGCGGUCGUGGAGAAGCAAGAGGGGAAGUAGGAUUAGCCGCAGUAGACGUUCAAUAUCCUCACAUGAUUCUUUGUCAAAUAAGUGAUUAUAAUUCCUACAUAAAUACUCUAACUAAAAUUCAUUCACUUAAUCCUGUUGAAAUAAUAAUGCCAGAUACAAUGUGUGAAUCUGGUCAUAAUUUAUACAGUGCAAUUCAUGAAAAAUUCCAAAAUAUUCCUAUAACCGGUGUUCAACGAAUACACUUUAAUGAUAUUAUUGGUUUAGAGAGAAUUCGAACUCAUUGUGCUACAGAAUAUUCUUCUGUAGAGAUUAUAGCUAAUCAAAAGUAUUAUGCUCUUGCAGCAGUUGCAGCUUUGAUGAAAUACAUUGAAUUCAUUCAGCAUACUCAAUACUUACCCAAAUCAAUGAACAUUGAAUUUCAAGGCUCUCAGAAUGGUACCAUAAUCGAUAUCGAUAGCGCUCAGAAACUGGAAUUAGUUGUUGCUCAAGGAGGACAACCAAAGCAUUGUCUGUUGGGAGCUUUAGAUCGCUGUUCAACUCCAAUGGGUAGAAGAUUACUAAGAGCUUCGAUCCUUCAACCUCCUUGUAAUCAGGAUUUUAUAGAGGCUAGAUUAUCUUGCGUAGAGGAAUUAGUUUCGAAUCGUUCAUUAUUCGAAAUCAUUCGACCUAUAAUCCGUCGUCUAUUUGGGGCAAGCCGACUUUUGAGUUUAGCUAUGUACUCACCGCAAGCUAAUAUUGUACUUAGAGCUGAGAGAAAUCUCAAUUAUAUAUUAUUAUUGAAGAACAUUGUUGAUAUAGUUCCGGAAUUUCGAACUGCCCUUAAUACAGCUCAAGCUCCUUUUUUUAAAAAAGUUAUGAAGGAUCUUGAAGACGAAGUUUUUGAUAAAAUAAAACAAAGAAUCUUAAGUAUUGUACAUGAUGAUGCAAGAGCAGUAAUGGGCUACACUUCUUCCAAUAUGCAAAGGUGUUUUGCAAUUAAACCUGGCAUAAAUGAUAUACUUGAUGUAGCACGCCAGACUUACUGCGAAUUAAUUGAUGAUAUGAAAUCUAUGGUUAAUGAACUUGGCGUUAAAUAUAAUCUUCCUUUAUCACUUGAAUGUAAUUCUGCUUGGGGUUACCAUAUUGAAAUGAAUGUAGGACGACGCGAUUUUGACAUAAAUAAUUUGCCAGAAGAAUUUAUUCACGCGAAAAAAUAUAAAAACUCAAUACUGAUGACUACGGAACAGCUCAUUGUUCUCAGUAUACAUUGUGAUGAAGCUUCUGAAGAGCUUCAUAUAAUGAGUGAUGUAUUAUUGAAGUCAGCUUUAGACGAUAUCAGAGAAUACAUCGGUUGUUUAUUUUUAUUUAAUGACAAUGUGGCUGAGCUUGACCUUAUUAUGGCUUUAUCACAAAUUAGUUCAAUCACUGAUUAUGUAAAACCAACAUUUGGGGUAGACCUGGAACUGCGAAAUUCUAAACAUCCGGUGAUGGAUGUGUUUAAUACAGAGAGCCCAACACCCAACGAUGUGGUUGCUUCUGUUCAAUAUAACUUUCAUACGAUAACAGGCCCAAAUAUGAGUGGAAAAACAAUUUAUUUAAAACAAAUAGUUCUCUUACAAAUCAUGGCUCAACUUGGGUGUUAUGUUCCUGCCACUAAAGCUAAAUUUCGUAUUACUGAUCAUAUUUUUUGCAAAAUUGGAGCACGGGAUGAUAUUGAAAAUAAUGCCUCAACUUUCAUGUUAGAGAUGAAAGAAGCUCAAUUUAUGUUACAAUCAGUUACUCCAUCGUCGUUGAUAAUCAUAGAUGAACUUGCUAGAAGCACGACUGUUGAAGAAGGAGCAUCUAUUGCUUGGGCAAUAUGUGAGGAACUUUCAUGUACUUCAGCUUUUACAUUCAAUGCAACUCAUUUUUUACAAUUGUUGAAAAUGGCUGAUUUAUAUCCAAAUGUAACAAAUCAUUACCUAGAAGCUAUUUUGAAUGAGAAAACUAAUAGUGACGACUCAAGAUUGGUGUAUACUCAUCAUUUAAAACAAGGUGUAUCAGUAAUUGAGCAUUAUGGAUUAAAAUUAGCUCGAUCUACAGGCUUACCGGAAAAUAUUCUUCGAAACUCUCAAAAAUUAGCAACAGAUUUAUCUCAAGCACUUCAGCCUAUGAUGGAUAAAACUAGUGAGCAAGAUACUCAAAUAAUUUUACAACGUAAAAAAAAUUAUGACACAUUAGCUGUAAUAUAUCAAGAGUUGCAGAAAAAAGAUACAAAUACAGAAAGAAUUUCUGAAAUGAUUAGAGAUUUAAAAUAUAUUCAAGAAGAUGAAGCUUUAAUAUCUCUUCACCAGAUACAAGAAGCUCAAUCAGCAUUGACAGAAAAUAAUGAUACUAAAAAAAAAUCAAUAAAACAAACUUUGUCUUUGCGUUCUAAUAACGAGGGAUUCAAGAAACCUCAUCCCGUUACUACACCAAAAAGUGGAGAAGAAUCAUUAGUGCUAACUCAAUCACCUUCACAUUCUAGCAAACGAACAUCGUCAACUAAUUCGUCAUUAGCUCCAAAACCAAAAAUUUUUAAAAUAGAAAGACUUAAAGAUUCAACGUUUUUUUUAUCAGAUCGCAAUAUUUAUGAAAAAAAGAAUGGAAUAUUUGCUCACACUCCAGAAGAGGUAAGAAAAAUAUUAAAAAAUCCUCUGACAGAUCCAAACUCACCUCUGUAUCUAAAUUCACCUAAAACAUCUGAAAGAAAUAAAAAAUUAUCGAAUGAAAGUACAUCAUUUGAGAAUGCUAAUCAUAAAAUCAAAAGUUUGGAGAAAUUAUCAAGUACAGAAUCUCCAUUUUUUAUUCCACAUUCAGAAUCAAGUCAACUGAAGAAGAAAGUAUCACGACAUGCAGUUCAUUCGGUGCAAUCAUAUGUGCCAGAGCAAUAUGCAGAUUUACAGAAAGCUAUAAGAACUAUAAAGCGUACUGGUUUAUCUCAAGAGAAUGAUGCUGAUGAUGAUCAAAGUAAAACUACGUCUACUUCUGAAUUACUUGUUAUAGAUCAAGAAUACACACCAUUGAAAGAGCUUAUUAAUCACAGCAAUCGAUCGAAUCAAACAUCUCCAAUGAAUAUAUUCGGACCGCCAGAAAAAAAGACUCGAAUGAAUAUUCCCAUGGAUAAUAUUCCAGAACAGUAUAGUUAUAUGAGACAUAUAUUAAAAAAUGUGUCCUGGAAAAUGGCUGGUGAUACUUCGCAGUCAAAUAAAUUCAAAAGAACUUCAGAUGCAAUUGAUGAAUGUGUUGUAGUAUCAGAGUCUGUCAGUAGAGCUAUGAAUAUUCCAUCAAAUGAUUGCGAUGAAGUAAAUAAAAUAGAAGAAUUAUCUAAAUCAUUAUCUGAGUCAUCGAUUAUUACAAUGAUGGCAGAAAAUUCCAAUUAUUUUCAUAAUUUACAUCCUGACCCCACAGAGACAAACUUUUUAUUUUCUCAACCAUCUAGGCUUGAUUUUUCUGUAUCAGGGCCUUCAAAUAUGUCUUACAUAUUAAGAAACAUGAGCUCUUCAUCAUCUUUAUAUCGAGAAAUAUCACCGAGUACAACAGCGGCAUGUAUUUCAGCCCGUAAAAAGGAAGCUGAGAUAUUUAAAAUUAUUGAAGGAGAUUCUUUUGAUGAAAAUAGAAUCAUGGGUUCGGUAAAGAGUUUCCUAGAGAGUUAGAUAAUCAUUUAUUUUAUUAAUUUAUUUUUAAUAUUAAUAUUUCAUGUUAUAAAAAAAAACAAAUAUUUGGAGUCUUUUAAAUUCCGGAAAAGCUAUCUGUGAAGAAUUAAACCAAUAUGGCUGACUAUAUCACUUAAUUGACUACUCUGUA